AAAUUCCCAACAUUCAGAAGCAAAGAAAACAUUUAGCCAAACUGGUACUGGACAUGGAUUCUGCUCGUACACGGUGGCACCAGUCGUCCAAAUCCUCAACUCUGACUAAUAAGGACACGCCUACCGGGGCCAAAGCCGACGCCCUCAGGGAGGAGAUGGAGGAGGCGGCCAAUCGCAUGGAGAUCUGUAGAGAUCAGCUCUCGGCGGACAUGUAUAGUUUCAUGGCCAAAGAAAUUGACUAUGCAAACUACUUCCAGACGCUGAUCGAGGUUCAGGCCGAGUACCACAAGAAGUCUUUGGAGCUGCUCCAGAACGUUCUGCCACAGAUUAAAGCGCAACAGGGUGAGAAUCAUGAAGAAUCGGAAAAAGAAGGAACUGAAUAA